AUGCAUUCCCCCCGCGCGUCGAUCGAAGAGCCUCUCCUCUCUCCAUCCUCUUCGACAUCUACAUUUGCCGAGCCUACAAAAUCCAGCAUCGACGACACCCACCACACCCAUCUUGAAGACCCACCAGCCAAUCAUGACCCCUCUUCCACCACAGCCCAACCAGGCGUCCUCGCCAUCGAAGCCACAACACGCGCCUGGACAAAGCACUCCCUCACAACAGCCUACAUAAUGAUCUACCUCAUCUACUUCGUCGAAACACUACUCGCCGGCACAACAGCAGCGCUCGUACCAUACGUCACAUCCGCUUUCUCCAUGCACUCUCUCACGCCCACCGUUAGCAUACUGAGUAACGUCGUCGGCGGAGUCACCAACCUGACGAUCGCGAAGAUCAUCGAUGUCUUCGGGCGGCCGCAUGGCUUCAUCCUUUGCGUGAUUCUCGGUACGAUAGGAUUACUUUUGAUGACGGUAUGCGAGGGCGUGGGGACGUAUGCUGCGGCUAUGAUAUUUCAUACUGUGGGCAAUAAUGGCGUGCAGUAUAUCUUGUCGGUGUUCAUCGCUGAUACGACGAAGCUGGAGAACAGGGCGCUGAUGCAAGCGUUCAUGAACUCGACUGGCCUCAUCACAGGAUGGGUAGCUGGGCCGUUGGCGCAGAGAUAUCUGAAUGGCCUAGGAUGGCGGUGGGCGUUUGGUAUGUUCAGUGUACUUGUUCCGCUUGUCACGCUGCCGCUUUUUGGUCUGUUGGUGUGA